UAUGGUUUUGUUGUUGUCCUUUCCCGGGGCUUCGCAGUAGAGAUAUCCCGUACAGCGGAUUUUGUCAGAAGGGGACCUCUGAGCCUCGAGGUCUCCCAAAUCGUCAACAGACCAUUGGGUAAGGUACAAAUCCAUACGUGUCGUAAGUGGUUCGCCGUUCGGGACCCGAGGUGGAUGAAACGGCUCUGGUGCUUCAGCGCUGCCGCAGAAUUGCACGAGCCGCACCUCAAUCCCCAUCUCCACUCAGCUAGCUGCUGCGCUCCCCGAGAACAGCAACACCCGUCGCUUGCCUUGCUCCGUACCUCACCUCAGUGUCCACUACCUCGAGGUACCCGUGGACGCGCGUGUGGGUCACCUGUUGGAAGCGACAGCAACUCAGCCAAUUGGCCCAGUUUCCACCCUUUCCAACCUCCCAAACCUCGCUCUCUUCCCCCCCUGGCACACCAGCCAUGCGCCGUGGAGAACAGAGUAAACGAUGCAGCAGCAGCCCAGCAGGCCGCCGACCGACACCCACGCCCCCAUGUCCGAGCAAAUGGCAACAGACUGAACAGAACAGGAAAGACGGCAGACAGAGAGAGAGAGAGAGGGGACCGGACGAUCCAAGCCGGGGGGUAUCAUUUCUUGUAUCAGUGUAUCAGUGACUGGGGGGGCUGGAGCAGCAGGCCUCCCCUUCCCGUAUUGUUUAAUUCCAAGUUUCCUUCCGACUCUUAUUUUGUUCUGGUUCUUGUGUUCAAAUAUAUCAUCUACCCGUUGCACUUCAAAAGUCUUGGCAAAAGAGCCAAGUUUCCUACACAACUCACACCACACUUUCUCUCUUGUCUGGUUCUAGCUAUCCUUGCACCGGUCGUUUCUGCCAAUUAUCAGCAGCAGGGUGUCCUCUUUUGGCGUAGUUGA